UGGUAGAAAACAGCUAGCUGAAUGAGAGGAGCUCUUCGAUUUCAAAGUACAGGAGCAUUUUUACUCGGAUUCUUUUGCCCGUCAGCGUUUCGUUUUGGUCUUAUUACCAAGUUAUUUUCUAGUACUGGGACAUGGAAGAAGAAUUGGGGCAGAUAAAAGUAAAUGUUAUACAAGGAUACAGAUUGGUUAUCCGGGACUUCAAGACCAGUGACCCUUAUGUUAUCCUCAAGCUUGGUGACCAGACAGCAAAGACCAAGGUUAUAAACAGCUGCCUUAAUCCUAACUGGAAUGAAGAAUUUAGUUUCUCUCUUUCAGAACCUUUUGGGGUUCUCAAAUUGGAAGUGUUCGAUAAAGACCGUUUCAAGGCGGAUGACAAGAUGGGACAUGCUCAUAUCAACCUUCAACCGCUAGCUGCUGCUGCCAGAUUGAGGCAGAUCCUUGGGGUGGCAACUGAUGGAACGACACUGAGGAAGGUUAUCCCAGAUAGCGACAACUGUCUUUCUGUUGAGAGUUCUAUAAAUUGGGAAAAUGGCGAGGUGGUUCAAAAUGUUUGGUUGAGGCUUUGUGAUGUGGAGUCUGGGGAGAUAGAAUUGAAGAUCAAAUUGAUCAAGCUUCCUCCUGUUUCUCCCCCAAAAUAAAGUGGAUUUGCUUAUAGAAUCAAGGAUUCUCCGAAAUUACGUGGAAAUCUUUAUGAAAGGCGCAGUAUCAUGCACCAGAUCUUUACCCCGUUUAACCAUUAGCACUGUUAGUAGUUAUGUUAUGAUUGUUGAAGCUCCAGGGUUUAAAUCAUUAGCUGCUAAGAUAGAAUUUAAACCCAAGGUUUGUAGGUUGUAUUGCUAUCAUUUCAUGUAAAAUUGCUGUAAACUCCAGAAAAAUUGUUGGAGGUGGCAAAAAGAUCGCUACUUUUGUGGAAAUGAUUAUUAGAAAUGGGUUUAUUAUUAUUUGAUUU